AUGGGCGACAUCCUCACCCAGAUCCAGGAUGAGCUGGACAUGCUCCUUAAUCAAAUGUCCGCUGCCCUACGCCAAAUACGCGAAAAUGCACCCCCAAGCGUCCCCCCAGGCCAGCAACGUCUCGAUACCUUUGCCGAACUUGAAGCCCGCACCGCUGCCGAAAACACACAACAAGGCGCGGCCGCCGACCCUUCUCAGCCUGCCAACGCGCCCCCGCCCAAACCCACGCCAGAGCAGUUCGAGGCUGAUCUCAAAGAAAUGGCACAGGAUAUUACGCUUAAGGAACAGCAGAUUGAGAAGCUGAUUGCGCAUUUGCCGGGGUUAAAUUGGAGCGAGAGAGAGCAGGUGGAGAGGAUGAGAGAGCUAGAGAGACAACUAGACGAACUAGAGGGUGAGAGGGUUAAGGCGGUACAGGAGAAGGAUACAUUGAUGAAGAUGGUGGAAGACAGAAUAACAGGGGUAGGGAAGGUGAAAUGA